AUGAGUAAAACGGAUUGUCUGCAGCACUGAAUUUUGAUGAUUCCUCGUCCUCUAAUCAAUUCACUUCUGUGACUGGAUCGCUUAGAUCAGUUGUAAAUUACCACACGUUCCGAUUAAAUUUUGCAACCAGUUAUUUAGCAAAAACUGCAUUUAGCACAAAACAGAAACCAAUUUCACCUCAGUCGCUCAUUCUUGACAGCGUCAUUAUUACCCAGAUGACAUCAUACAUCUAGAUUGCGUGUGAAUCAGAGGGUUACUGGUGGGGUUCGGGAAAAUAUCAAGCAACAGAUAUCAGAUCAACAGAUUGAAUAAAGGGUAACGUUGCAACCCGAACAACAGCAGCAGCACGCACCGACAUUGGAUCCCGUUCAUUGAGGUCAUCUGUGUCAUGCAGCAGAAAGUGUGCACCCGCAACACAGCACUAUUUGUGAAGAACGGUCAGGCGUGUGGAGCUGGAGCCCCUCCACAGUUCCCUUUCCGCUGCCUGCGAUGUGGAGAAAAUGAACGUUUCCAGAGCCUGGCUUCUCUCAGGGCUCAUCUAGAGUACAGACACCCAUUCCACACCAAUCAUGACAUCAGCCUCCUAUCCUCACUGGGGCGCUUUAACACAGACUGCACAGAGAGCAGCAGAGGCUCAAAUUGUGACAAGCAUAAAGUAUGCAAUGCUGGCACAAAUACUAACUCAAUCGGGAGAGAAGAUCACAAACUUACAUUCAACACUGACCGAGCUCCGUCACAACAGUUACGUGCAGAGCAGAAGCUGUUGUCCCCCGAGAGGAGCCUGAUAGACAUGGAGGCAGCGGCCACUGUCGGGCCCCUCUCGGCUCCAGUGGUGUCGGUUGAGAAAAGACUGGAAGGGAUGAUGAGGACCGCCAACAGUAGUAUGGAACGACGUCUAUUACGGCUGAGCUCAGAGCUGGCGCAGACAGACACGGCUAUACUGUGUGAGCGCGCUCACUCGCAUCACCUGGCGCAGGAGAAGCAGGAAGUGCAGGACCGAGAACGGGCACUCAGCAGACAGGUAGAUGCUGCGGUUAUGGUGAUCGCCACUCUGCGACAACAGCUCAGCAUCUCAGAGCAUGAGCUGGAGAGGAGAGAACAGGAGGUUAUUACCAUUCAGAAGUUUCUGGAAGCAGCGGCACAACACGAGAUUUGUGGGAAGGUUCGCCUGCGACGGUUCAUUGAAGGCCUGUUGAGACGGAUUUCGCUAGCUGAGAGACUACUGGAAUAUUAUCAGAGCGCCCCCCACAGGCACUUUUGCACCGCCCACCCUGUGACUCAUUCUUCUGAGCUUAGUCCACAGAGAUUAACACACAGCAGGUCUUCAGGAGACCAUCUAGAACAGGAUGAAGAGGAGCAACUACUCGGUCAGUCCGGAUUGAGACUGUCCAAAUCCGCUUCCAGUAGACUGGGUUACACCAGCUGGUGCCAGCGAAGAAGGCACAUUAUUACAGUCAAAAGGCAAACCGAUUAGUGGCAAAAGAAAAAUAUGAGGAGUCGAUUUUAUGCCAUGGUCAAGCAGCAGAGCUAUUGAAA